AUGCGGUCAGAAAAAGAGGAUGAGGACCUGAUCAUCAUGAUCGACGAAUACAAGAGAGACCUGGAGUUUCACCGGAAACUUGAGGCGGAUCCCAACACGAUAAACCUCCUGCCUCUCAGUCCCACAGAGAGAGUGUUGAUGCCUGUGUUGAUGCCUUCAUCACUGCAAAGGGAGCGAGACUUGAAAGAGCGGCGGGAUAAUAUAAUCCAAGUAGCGUAUCGACACUUUCCUCGAGACCUCAGUCUUGCCGAAGAAAAUCUUGUAGAGCCUCGACCUGGCACAGGAUUUAGGUCCGCGAGAGGCUUGCUCGCCACACCUGGUGCCCAGGUCAGGGUCAGGGAGGUGGUGGAAGUUUUAGCGAACAA